AUGGCGAGGACAACGCCCUUCGGAAGGGAAAUACGUCGAGCACACUUCAACUUCGCGCCCUCCUAUACUCCACUGAACCACGGGUCUUUCGGUGCCUUCCCCUCAAGUGUCCGGGAGUAUCAGCGGAGGCGGCAAGACGAAACCGAGGCCAAACCCGAUACCUUCCUCCGCUUCACGUACCCCAGACUCCUACGGGAAGCAAGGGAGGCCGUCGCCCCCUUACUGGGCGCUGAGACCAACGAGGUGGUCUUCGUACCCAACGCCCUCACCGCGAUUAACACCGUCCUGAGGAACCUGACGUACGAGGAGGGCGAUGUUAUAUUGCAUUUCAGCACCAUCUACGACGGGUGUCUGAAGACCAUACAGUCUCUCGAGGAGACCACCGAGGCCCGCGCCUAUUGCAUCGAGCUCACCUACCCGGCCGAGGAUGACGAAAUUGUGCAUUCGUUCCGUACCGCAAUUCUCAGAAUUCUGAGCCAGGGCGGAACUGCCAGGCUGGCCCUGUUCGACACCGUGAUAAGCUUCCCCGGUGUUCGUUUCCCGUGGGAAUCGUUAGUGUCUGUAUGCAAAGAAUACAAUAUCCUCAGUUGCAUAGAUGGUGCACACGGAAUAGGCCACAUCGAUUUGCGCCACGUCCCCGAUGUUGGGCCAGAUUUCUUCAUUACCAACUGCUACAAGUGGCUCAUGGUGCCUCGAGGGUGCACAGUGCUAUACGUGCCUUACCGCAACCAGGCUCGCAUCAAGACGACGUACCCAACCUCGGAAGGGUAUCUCCCGCGCGCCCAGCGAGGAGCCCUUUCCAGCGAAAGCUAUUUCGUCAACCUGUUUGAGAGGGUCUCCACCGUAGAUGUCACACCUUAUCUCUGCGUCGUGGAGGCUCUGAGAUUCCGAGACCAGGUAUGCGGCGGGGAGGCGCGAGUCCGCAACUAUUCUCAGGAUGUUGCCAGAGAAGGCGGCAAGUUGAUGGCAGCAGUCCUGGGAACGGAGGUCCUCGAGAACAGGACAGGAACGCUUCGAGGUUGCUGCUUCGCGAAUGUGAGGCUACCUUUAGAAGUAGCCGACACGCAGCACGAGGGGGGGCGCGAGGGCAAGGUCCCAGCCGAGGACGCGAAAGCUGUGGCUGACUGGAUCACCAGAACGUCGGUGGACGAAUUCGACACCUUUAUAGCGACGAGAUACUACGCCGGCGCUUUCUGGGUUAGAAUCUCGGGCCAGAUUUACCUCGAACGGGCAGAUUUCGAAUGGGCCGCCACCGUCCUGCUUGAACUCUGCAGCCGGGUGACCCAACAGAAGGCACAUUAUGAUAUAGCUGACGUAGAACGCGACGACUUCCUUCUCAUUCGAUAA